AUGGGAGGAACAAGUUACUCCUCUCCAAUAUCCUGCACACUAAUCCACGGCGACUCUGAAGCCGUCCUGGUUGACACGCCUAGGUCAAUUUCCCAGACCGAAGACCUAGCCACUUGGAUCAAGAAAGUCGCACCAGGGAACAAUCUACGCUACUUUCGAAUUUUUGUCCUCCACAAGCACUGGCCUAAUCUGCGUGCCAUUGCUAUCUCGGGCACGGUCGAGCACAUGAAUGAGCAGAUCAAGCCUGGGAUACUGGAAGGAACAUGGCAUACCCUGUUUCCGGGAGGACAGAUCCUGGCCGCUCUGGAGCUAGCUGAACUGAGUCUUGAACACCACGAUUUUCGCGCCACCGAAGUCGGAAAUACAGAUGCGUAUAACACGACCGUACUCUAUGUGCCCAGCAUUCGACUGGUCAUUGUGGGAGAUGAUGUCUAUGGUGGCGUUUCCGGUGUCGUCAAAGGUUUAAUCAGAGAUAUGUGUAUGAUAACCUAG